UCGUAAACGGUAAAGUAUAAUUUGUGAAGACUAAAGAAUUAAAUGUACUGGUGUUAACUGUAGUAAAAAUAAUAAUCCUCGUUUCUAUUCCUAUAAUUUGUAAUAAUUAUUAAUUGUGGUGGAAUUUUUAUUUGUAGUGCGACAAUUACAAACUUUGACUUUCCAACUACAUCUGGUUUUACUGAUAUAACAUCUGCGUCGCUGUGAUUCGCGUUUUAUAUUGAUAGUGAAUCAAAAUUCCAAAUACUUUCAUUUCGCAAAAUGGACACAUUGAUCUUAUGACGCAGCAGUAGUACUAGUUAAUUCACCGAGCCUGCGCCUCUUAUCUUCACUCAUCGUCAAAACUUCAUGGAAACUAGUUGUUCUACAUUGAAGAACUUUUAAGGGGGAUAGUAGAUGCCCCACGCGGCGCCAGUCAGCGCCAUGUCGGCCGCGCCGCGCCAUCCUCACUUCUACACGGUCGAGGUGGGCGACACACGCUUUACCAUUCUUAAGCGCUACCAGAACCUCAAACCUAUCGGCUCCGGAGCACAGGGAAUCGUAUGUGCGGCCUACGACACGGUGACGCAACAGAACGUGGCGAUCAAGAAGUUGUCGCGGCCCUUUCAAAAUGUGACGCACGCGAAGCGCGCCUAUCGCGAGUUUAAGCUCAUGAAGCUGGUCAACCACAAAAAUAUUAUCGGACUGCUGAACGCAUUCACACCGCAAAAGAGCCUGGAGGAGUUCCAGGAUGUCUACCUGGUGAUGGAGCUGAUGGACGCCAACCUUUGCCAGGUCAUCCAGAUGGACUUGGACCACGAGAGGAUGAGCUAUCUCCUCUACCAGAUGCUGUGCGGCAUCAAGCAUUUGCAUUUGGCUGGAAUCGUGCAUCGGGAUCUAAAGCCGUCCAACAUAGUGGUGAAAAGCGACUGCACUCUGAAGAUCCUAGACUUCGGCCUGGCCCGUACUGCCGGCACCACCUUCAUGAUGACGCCUUACGUUGUCACCCGGUACUACCGCGCACCAGAGGUGAUCCUGGGCAUGGGAUACACGGAGAACGUGGACAUAUGGUCCGUGGGCUGCAUCAUGGGAGAAAUGAUACGGGGCGGAGUACUCUUCCCUGGGACGGACCACAUCGAUCAAUGGAAUAAGAUUAUAGAACAACUGGGCACGCCCUCCGCGGCCUUCAUGGCCCGUCUCCAGCCCACCGUACGCAACUACGUGGAGAACCGGCCCCGCUACGCUGGAUAUAGUUUCGAGCGAUUAUUCCCGGAUAUCCUGUUCCCGUCGGACAGUAGCGAGCAUAACCGGUUGAAGGCGUCCCAGGCUCGCGAUUUGCUCUCACGUAUGCUCGUCAUCGACCCGGAGAGACGUAUUUCUGUGGACGAAGCAUUGUUACAUCCAUACAUUAAUGUCUGGUAUGACGAGGGGGAAGUUAAUGCGCCCGCCCCCGCAGCGUACGACCACUCGGUGGACGAGCGCGAGCACACGGUGGAUCAGUGGAAGCAGCUCAUCUACCACGAGGUGGUGGAGUACAACGCCCCGGCCCCCGCGACCCCCGCCGUCGCGCACCUGGCGUCCGCCGACCUGGCUCCGCCCGCCCACACCGCAUAGGUUUCAACUGAACGACCGCUGAGUAAGAGACGUGCAAGGACAAUAGUCGAGUCUCAAAUCCCUGUAUAUACUAUUAACGUGUUAUACGUUUGAUAGAGUGCAAAUGCGUCUAGGUUAGCUCAACUGGCUCCGGGCUCGUCUAUUGUAGUCUUUUCCUCUUUUAAACUUAAUACGUGCAGAAGGAAAGGAGUUCUCGUCUUGGUUUAUAUAAUUAUUUUAAAAUACGCAAUAAAUUACUUAGAAGUAGACUUAGUUACGUAUAGAACGUGUGACGUGUAAGGGAGUAAAAUUAUUUUUGUUAGCGCAAUUUUAAAGGCUUUUACAGACUCGAGUAAAUGGUUUUAUUAUAUAAAUGUAUUUAAAUUUAUUUAUAUUAUAUCAUACUUCAAUCUUUGUAAAGUCAGGAAAGCUUACUCUAUAAUUUAACUCACGGUGCAAUAUUUUGUUUUAUUAUUUAGAGAUAAUAAUUGGAAGACGUUUAAAACUGUAUUUUGACAUUUAAAAAUCAUGUAAACAAGCUAAAUAUAGAUUUAAAUGUAUAACAACUGACAAUUGACAUUCACUCUAUUCAUAGACAAAAUAAUCCAAUGUAAUCAAAAUACUGACUUACGCUGAGAUUUAUAUACCGUACUCUUAACUUACUUUAAACUGUAGUGAGUUCAGAGUAAUUCACUGAGUGCCAAGGUUUUAACGCUUUAUAAAUUUCCGCUUGGGUUAUUUUCAAUUAAAAACUUUCCUUCUGCACUUGAAUUCCGUGGUAAGUUAUGUCUACUCGUAAACCUUUUUAGUUCCUAUCCUUUCGAAUUCUUUUCAUUUGCGUCGAACAGUGCCUUUUACUAGUGAUUUUUCGAAAUGGAUGGACUGAAUUUGAAUGUUUUGUUAAUGAACCUAAUUUGGGCUGAUUUGAUUUAAUCGUUGUUAUUUUAUUGUGCAAUCAUUGUGUUAAAGUUGCAAUACUCUCGAAUUACUAUAUACUGAAUGAACUGCCGGUUCUUACGAAUUUUUGGUACAGUGCCAUUCUAUCCCGUAUUUAGUAUUGUGAGAAGUAUUGGAAUAUUGACGAGACAUCCCUUAGGACAUUUUUAUAUUAAGUUGCGAUUAGUCCUAAAUAUAGCACAUAUGUUUUAUUCGUUGUUUAUUUCGUUUCGUGAGAUAGUCAGUCGGGAUUUCGUGAUGUUCAUAGUUUUUCGUAAGUAGACCCUAGUUGAGUUGUUGACUGUAUAAGUAGAUGAUUAAGUACAUUCUUACCUAAGUAGUUCAUUUAGGUCGCCUCGCACGUUGCUUUUCAAAUUACUCUAAAUACGUAAUUAUCGUGAGCUCUAUUGAACGUAUUUUAUUUAGUUUCGACGAUAUUGUAUCAUUUAAUUGUCAUUUAAUCGAAUGUUAUUCUGGUUAUCGCCAUAGACGUUGAGACAACGUGUGAGGGACACUGUAGGUUAUUGUUUGAAACCUCACUAGGUGAUAUAAUAAUAAAAAUAAGAGAAAAUGGAUGACGAUGGUCACACUGGAUGGUUUCAUGAAAUAGCACAAUUUAUUAGCUAUAGAUGACAGGCGCUAAACGGUUGAGAAAGCAAAAUAAGCAAUAAUGUUAAUAAGUUAUUCUUCCUCACUUAGCAGUUCGAUAUAUUUGAUUAUCCGAUUCAUAUCAGACGGUCGCAAUAGAUAGUUUGAGUUGGAAUUCUUGUUAAUGUUACUUUACUUUUGUUCCAUAGAGAAUCCAAAAUGGCGGCGAUCGCGAAUACGAAAACGUUUUUAACGCAUCGUUAUUUAUAGUAUAUCUUUAAUGUAAAACGUAUACAAAAUGUUUAAUUUAGAAUGUAAAUACGUGUUAAGGAAUCUAGUAGGCUGAAUGGAACGAAAGUGAAGAACAUAGGUACUAUCUAUGGGGCAUUCUGUUUAACACUUAAAGAUAAAGUUCACAACUGUACGUCCAAAAUGUCCAUUUAUAUGUUAAAUGUACCUAAUGCAAAUUACAAUAAUGUAAUCUUUAGAUUGUAUUUUAGUACGUGAGGUUUAAGGUUGUAGCGAUGUUGACGCAGGCCGAGCGGCGCUUAGCGGUAUUCUUUGAGUUACACGAUGACUAUCUAAAACAACUUAUUUUUACUGUACACGUAAGUUAUUUCAUAUUUUAACUGAAUAAAUUGAAAUGGUUAUUAUAAAA